AUGACAGCCCAAACCACCAUUCCCCCAAAACAACGAAAGCCCUACACCAAAUCCUCAACAUCAGCCUCCUCCUCAACAGCCCAAAGCAAGCCAAAUUCUCGAGGGGUGCGCAUGACAUUCGAACUCGACGAUGUCUUGAGAAAGUACACCCCCGAAGAGUUCAAGACCUGCAAGGGCUACGACGUUGGCGGCGUCAACAUCCUCAACAAGAAACCCCUUGACUCGAAGACUGCCCUCGACAAAAUCACUCGCAGGCGAGAGACUCAUAACAGAGUCGAGCGUAGACGAAGAGACUGUAUCAACCAGCUCAUCGAUGAACUCACCGAUCUGUUGCCAAAGGAGGAGGAGGAGGACGAUUCGCUCUCAAAGGGUCAUAGAGUGAACAUCCUCCGUAACGUUGUCAGCCACAUUCAAACCUUGACUCGUCACAAUGAGAACCUGAACCAGCAGCUUCAGGCACUCCACAGCGGCUCAACACUCUCCCCACCAACCAUCAUCACUACUCCUGCACCACCAACAAUACAUUUUGGAUCCAGCGAUAGCCAUGUCUCUGACAUCGGCCCUCCUUCUUCCCCAUCCUACACAUCAUACGACUCCCGGUCUAAUCCAUCGCCCCAGUUAACAACUUCCAGUCCCCGAUUUGGUCCCUCAUACCAGCAUCCCGAACAUCAUCAUUAUUUUACGCCAUUGCAGUCACCUGGGUCAGAGCUCUUUGGCACCACAGGCACCUCGGAUUCAUCGCGGGUACCCUCGCCCUCACUACCAUCCCUCAACGACAUGGCAGUGACUCUUCCCCCUAUUCCCAAAAUCGUCGAGCCAUUGGAUAGUUCCCUCGCACCAUUGGACCAGGACCAGGAUCACCACGACACUUCGUCAGGAUCAUACGCCAAGCCCAAGCGCAUGAACCGUCAAACACUGCCACGGCUCCAGCUGCUGUCUCCUCAUUUCAACCAUGGACACUCGAACAGCACAAGCAGUCAUCUUGGAUCGCCUUCCUCGCCCUCAUAUCAUGGACAUCCCACGCCAUCACCCACAUCUGCAUACUCUGGCUAUUCAUCUACUUCAGGACCAUGGUCAUCCACCUCAUCGUCAUACGGCCCUUUUUCUCCUUCAGGAUCCAUCUCAUACUCCCCAAGCGGCCCUACGUCGCCCUAUGGACCGUCAUCGGCUACGUUAUCCUCCUCCCUCUCUGGAUUUUCGCAUCAUCCUCGCUCACCGAUGCAUUCUCCUAGCCUGAGUCCGUGGGACAAGGCAGGCCAUGCUGCUGGCGGCAUGGAAGAGCAGCCAUCAGAGUCCAACGGAUGGUGCAGCACCAGCCAUCUUCAACAGCAUUCGCAUCCUUACAAGGCCGAUAGACACCCUGAGGUAUCGUGA